AUGGGGGACAAUGAGGAUCUGGAUGCUGCCGGCGCCUCAAAUGUUCAGAGCAGCCUUUCAGACUCCUCCGUGGAGAACGGUGCCACGCAAGAUGACUACCUUCUUCCCACCAUGGCGCGCUCGCCAACCUGCGCCCGCUGCCGCAAUCAUGGCCUCAGGGUGCCAUUGAAAGGCCACAAGAACUGUUGCCAGUUCAUGGACUGCCAGUGCGACAAAUGCGCCCUUAUUCUCCGCAUGGCCCUGAACCCCAUCAGUGGCAACAUGGAUUUGAGCCGACGUUCCAAGGCCCCUUCUCUGGGAGGUCAGCCCAAUUCUUCUGCUCAUCUUUCCGUCUGGCCCACCCGAGGUUUUUUCUUCUCGCCCCUUUCUGAACAACAGCUCCAGAAAGAGGCCGCCGAAGCCUUGAUGGUGUUAAGAAAUGCCCCCCAGUCUAGCCCCAUGCUUUCCCCUUCAGGCCUCCUGCCCCCUGCCAACACCAUCUCUGCCCUCAUGGGGCCCCCGAGCUUCUCCCACCCUAUGGAAGCCAUUCCCAACCCUGCCAUUCCCAGCCCUUUCCAGCCACAUCCCUCGUACUUCCUGCCUCCCUAUGUUCCUCAGGGUCUCAAGGCCUCUAGGGACAUAGCCUUGAAGCGAGCCCACGUACCCCCAGAAUCGGUUAGUGCCCACCCCGAACCGGUUCCAGGGCCCUUCUUCUUUCCACUCUUCCAUGGUAGCCCUCACCCCCAGCAAUACAAAAACGUCCGGCUGUUCUCGGUCGCUCCAUCUCGAGGGGCUCAGGUAGCCACCUCUCUCAUGGUUUCCAGCAUCCAGCCCGUCAAACCAAGCCUCGGUGCGGCGUCCAGUUACAGCCACUAUCAUUUCGCCCCAAACUUGAGAACUUACCACAGUACCUCGGGCUCCAUGCAAAAGACUGUCUGCUUGCCCCAAAGCAUGGAGACCGGCUGGAUUUCCGAGACCAGCGUUGAAGUCCUUGCUCCCUCUGGCUCCGCUCCUGGCCAUCCGCCGCUGAUGCCUUUCUGUGUCUCGCCCAUGGAUGUCUCGGUCACCAUGCCCUUCCAAGCAGGCUCCCCCGUUGGGAUGGAUCUGCACAUGCUCCCUCCCGGUUUGUCUCUGCUGAACCCUGGCCCCUGCCUUCUAGCUCAUCCCUCCUUCCCAGACCCCGUGCUUCUCCCAGGGCAGAUGUCUCCGCAGUGCCAACCCCAGCAGUGCCAAGAAGGAAAGUGUUCCAGCAAGAGGCCCAAAGAAGAAGAGCCCGACAACGGCCGUAAGGUGCCUGGCAGCAAGGAUGAAAAAGGUUAG